GUAAGGUGGCGAAAUACAAAACCAUGACAACUAAAGACGCUUAGCAAAUAACGUUUGAAUAUCAGUAUAUCCUUUAUCCUAUACAUACGUUACAGAAAUGGAAAAUUCGGAUAGUAUAAAACUAAUUUCAGCUUCUGAAAUUGGUGAUUAUAAGCAGGUGGUAGAUCUGCUUGAAAAUUUAAAAGUCGACCCCAAUUCAUGCAGUGAUACAAGCGGCGAACGAAGGUCUGCUCUGCACAGAGCUGCAGCCUAUGGACACAUAGACACCAUAGCUGCCCUUAUACAAGCCGGUGCUGAUAUUAAAAAGCAAAGCGCCGCUGGUCGACUUGCACUACAUGAAGCAUGUAUUGGGGGACAACCCGAAGCUGUGAAAUUGCUCUCAGUUAUGAAUACGGAUACGAUUGACCAGCAGGACAGUAAUCUUCAGACCCCAUCUCAUUUAGCAGCACUGCAUGGCGAGGAAGAAUGUGUUAAGUUGCUUCUUGAGAGUGGUUGUGACCCGUGUAUUGGAGAUAGAGAAGGAAAGACAGUGGCUCAUAUUUCGUGUGUGCGAGACAAAAGCAACAUUAUUAAACUACUUUUUAACUAUGGCAUCGAUUUUGAGAACUCAGACAAUAAUGGAAGAUAUCCAAUUCAUGUGGCUGCUGCCAAUGGCAGUUUGAACUGCAUAAAAACUCUUAUUAGUUAUGAUGGGGAUGUGAAUGCAAGAGAUAAACUGGGCUGUCAACCAUUGCAUUAUGCUGCGUCGCAUGGACAUUUGGAUUGCUUGCAGUAUCUUGCAAAGCAAGGUGCGAAGCUUCAGUCAGUAGAUGAUUAUGGCCGUAGUGCGACUCACUUUGCAGCCAAGCACGGGGCAGUGAAGGUUCUUCACUGGCUAUUGGAAACAAAGAUUGAAACUAACAACCAAGACAGUAAUGGAGAAACUCCUUUGCAUUUUUCUGUCAAGUUUGCUCAGGCUCAAUGUGCAAAUUGUCUGCUUCAACAUGGAGCUAGUUUACAAAUACAAAGCAAGAAAGAAGAAGAUGUGAUUCAGUGUGCGAGAAGUUCUGGACAUCCCAACCUAAUCCUUGACGCGGUAGAAAACAAAAUUCGUUGCCCACUUUGUGAAAAACAGUACCAGGUUAUAAACUGGGAAAGUAAGCAUCAGCCGAACGCAGCAAAGAAAUUCUUAGACAGCGCUAAAGUUGGUUACUCCCUACCUAAUUUAAAAGAAAUGGGUAAACCAACAAUUUCAUUUCGGGAGAAAAAUCGACAAAAAAGAGACCGCAUUCUUACAGAGAAAGCUAAACGAGAAAGAAAGAAUGAAUUUUCUCCAAGAAAUUUAGCUGCGAAAUUUUAUGGCCUACACCCAAAAGAAAUCGAAUCUAAGAAACCACGAGGUUAUUGAAAUAAGAUUACUUAGUUUAGAUAUUGUUUAUAAUGCACCAGGCGCAUGAUUUACGAAGGUACAAGGCUACAGGCGAAAAGCUAAUGAAUGCAAGGGUUAUAAAAGUGUCUUACCAUAUGUGCGUUAUCUUUAAUAUUCGACGGCCAUCAAAUCCAAAAGUGUUAAAAUAACGAAUAUAUUGUUUCCAUGGGAUUAUAGUACAUUUGUGUUAUAACUUAUAACGUCUGUUGUUUUUUUGCCACGCGAAGACAAAGAAAGUUGCAGGUUCAUACUCAUUAUGAACAACCCAUUGUGGCAUUAUACAGCAUCAAUAUAUUUAUUAAUUUGUUUCCAGUUUAAAAUGAUAUAUAUUGUAUUUAUUAUUCAAACUAAUAUAUUGUAAACUCUUUUG